AUUUUAUCCAUCGCAGCAGCAGCAGCAGGCGGCGCUGGGGCCUAGUCGCCGGUGGCUAGUCUUAUUAUUAGGCGAGGCCUGGUCGAGUCGAGGAGGAGGCAAUAGCAGCAGCCUUAGCCGCCCCUCAGGACCCCUUUCCGCCGCCAUGUUAGUGCCGGUCUUCACCCUGAAGCUGAGCCACAAGAUCCUGCCUGGCAUGGUGGCCCUGGGCAAGUACGACGGAGCCCACCCCUGCCUCACCGCCGCCACGCAGGCGGGGAAGGUUUUUAUCCAUAACCCUCAUGCACGGGGCCAGCGCGUGAACACAAAUCGUUUGGUGCUUAGUACCCAGGAUGCUGAUAUUUCUCUUCUGAACAUUAAUGAAGCCGUUAGCUGUUUGACCGCAGGGGUGCUGAACCCUGGUCUUGGUUGUGACUCCCUCCUCAUUGGCACACGGACCAGUUUGUUGGCAUACGACGUGCACAACAAUGCUGACUUAUUUUACGCAGGGGUUCCUGACGGAGCAAACACAAUAGUUCUUGGAACAUUAGGAGACAUUCCUUCACCUCUUGCUAUUAUUGGGGGAAACUGCUCUUUGCAGGGCUUUAAUCAUGAAGGAAAAGAUCUUUUCUGGACGGUCACUGGUGACAAUGUUCGUUCACUGGCGUUGUGUGAUUUCGAUGGUGAUGGGAAAAAAGAGCUGCUUGUUGGUUCUGAGGAUUUUGAUAUCAGAGUUUUUAAAGAAGAUGAGAUUGUGGCAGAAAUGUCAGAAACUGAGAUUGUCACUGCGCUGACUCCAAUGUGUAGCAGUCACUUUGGUUAUGCCCUUUCUAAUGGAACUGUUGGCAUUUAUGACAGGAAGACUCGCCACUGGAGAAUUAAAUCUAAAAACCAAGCAAUGAGCAUACAUGCAUUUGAUAUCAACUCGGACGGUGUGUGUGAACUGAUCACUGGCUGGUCCAACGGGAAGAUUGAAGGACGCAGUUACCGUACAGGAGAGGUCAUCUUCAAGGAUAAUUUUGCUUCCUCGGUGGCGGGAAUAGUACAAGGAGAUUAUCGAAUGGAUGGCAAUACCCAGUUAAUCUGCUGCUCAGUUGAUGGUGAAGUACGAGGAUACCUGCCAGGAAGCCAAGAGAUGAAGGGAAAACUGAUGGACACAAGUGUGGAUCAGGACCUGAUUCGAGAGCUUAGCCAAAAGAAACAGAAUCUACUGCUUGAAUUACGAAACUAUGAAGAAAAUGCAAAGCAAGUGGAGCUGAACACUCAGUUGAAUGAGAUGGAUGGCCAAAAGGGUGUGAUCCCAGCAAAUACCCAGCUCCAAACGGCGCUCUCAGUCAACCUGGGAUCGGAUAGUGAAUCUGCUCAUGUUGAAUUAUGCAUUUCCACAUCCAAUGACACCAUCAUCAGAGCGGUCCUCAUCUUUGCUGAAGGGAUAUUUGAAGGAGAGAGUCACGUGAUCCACCCCAGUCUCCUGAACCUUUCGAGCUGCAUUAAGGUCCCCCUCACUCCUCCCAAAGAUGUUCCAGUGGAGCUAAACAUCAAGGCUUUUGUUGGUUACAAGAAUAGCAUACAGUUCCAUGUUUUUGAGCUGACUAAGCAACUUCCUCGCUUCUCAAUGUACACUCUGAGUAGCCCAGAUUCUGCUCCUGGCCCUCUAAGCUUUGUACAAUUUACAGUCAAUGAGAGAGUGCAAAUGGCCAUCACGUGGCUAAAACAAAGUUUCCUGUUACCAGAAGAUUUGAAGAUCCGAAAUGAUUCAUUUGAAGUCUGCUUCACCUCCCUGCGUGAUGCAGGGCAGCUGUGGAUCAAAAUGACGCCAAGUGGAGAGAUCUCCAUUAACACUGACAACAUUGACUUGGCUGGUGACAUUAUCCAGUCCAUGGCCUCCUUCUGGGCGAUUGAAGACUUGCAGGUUGAAGCAGACUUCCCAGCGUAUUUUGAGGAGGUGCGCAAGGCCCUAGUUGUGGUGGAUAAUUCCCAUCCAGUCUGUCAGAAGCUCACAGCCAACAUGGCAGACAGCUCCAACCUCAUCCGUAGCAUACUGGUCCGAGCAGAGGAUUCGCGGCUCAUGGGAGACAUGAAAAAUAUGAAGAAACGAUACAUAGAGCUGUAUGAUCUCAACAGAGAUUUGCUCUCCCAGUACAAGAUUCGCUGCUCCAACCACACAGAGCUUCUCAGUAACCUUAAGGCCGUAAACCAGGCCAUCCAGCGAGCAGGACGGUUGCGAGUUGGCAAACCCAAGGCCCAGGUGAUUGCUGCUUGCCGGGAUGCUAUUAAAAACAACAGUGUUAAUACUCUCAUCAAAAUAAUGCGCGUAGGAACAUCUUCCUGAAAGAAUGGAGAAGAAUGCAUUUGGAUUAUCACCGCAGUAGGCUGCCAGUCUUGAGAUGGAGUGAAAAAAGAUAUAGUGGCAGAUAGACUGUAAGCGCAUACUGUCAGAUCAGCUCCUAGCGAGUGUACGGCAGGCAGUUAAGCCCAGUGGAGUAGGAUGCUAUGUGUAUAUGCUCUUCCAAAGGAAGAAUUAUUGUGACACACUGCUGGUGGGACCUGAACUCUAUUGCAGUUGUGCGGGAGAGAGGAGAAACUGGCUAAGAUGGCUAAGAACAUCAUGCUCAUCGAGAGAUGCUCUAGAAAUCCCUUGGAAAGACCAAAGUCAGAAACCAGCCUAAAGGCAAGAACCUCAAAUAGAUGGCUUAGCCAGGGACAGGCUUUAUUAAAACCAGGCAUAUUUUGCAACACCUGAAUCGUCAAUAAACAGAUCACAACUUUC